AACAUGGAGGGCACACACACCAUCUUGCUUCUUUACGCACCCAUCCAUGAGGUUAGCAACACAAGCCUGUAUCUGCCCAAGGGGCAGGCCUUGGGCUUUAUGUACAAGAGCCACACCCCUCUUUGGGAGAGGCCCUGUAGUGACCAUGACCAUGAAGAGGAGGAUCUCGCAGUGUCCAAAGAAAGGGCCCAGUCUUCCAGCUCCACAGGCAAAUUCCUCAAUUCCCAGCAGGCAACAAAGGAGGCUGUUGCUGAACUCUACUUGCUAGCAGCAGAGCACCACCAGCUGCUAGCUGAUCUCCUAUCACUGUGUGGGGACUGUGCGCACAGAGUCAGGAUGGGUAACCAGGAUGGGAAGCUCCAGGAUUACGUGGAAGGUCAAGAAGUUUGCCUCGGAGGACCGGCUCUCAGCAGCAAUGUGCACUCGCUCACUGCGUCGCCAGAACAUAAUACAGCCACGUCCAAGACCAGAAAGCUGAAGAAGCUAGGAGGCAAGAAGCUGGAGAGUGCCGAGGAUUUCAUUCACAGCAAGCUGAAAAGGAAAGCGAGGAGUAGGUCUUCAUCUAUUGAACCAUCUACUCGUAGUGGUCUUUCUACCUCCCCUGUCUCAGUAGCAGAAGAGAGGACAUCAUUGAUGCCUACCUCUGUCUGUGCCUCUGACACUCCAGUGGCCGGUUCCUAUGUCAGUGUAGCCAAAAAUCCUAUCCUGCCCAUGGAGGAACCCUUUCAAAUAGCCUGUGAGGUCAUGGACUUCAUGGAGGACAACCGGACUUUUGACACCGACCUGGACUUCUGCAAUGACCUCUCAGAGUACGACAGCGAGUUCUGCUUGGGCUACCAGUCCUCUUCCUGCAGCUUAAUGGUGGGUCUGACCCGGCGGGAAAGUGGCAGCAACCUCCGUCCCCUUAAGACGAUGGAUUGCUUGGAUCAGGUGUUGCCUCAGAAUGGGGCAGCAGUCAAGUCGGCCACCCAAAUGUAUGAGGAAGUCAACCAGAGGGAGAUGGGGGUCAAGGUGGUUGCUAAGGUACAGGACAUGGAGGGGAAAGUGCAUCGUGUUAGCCAUGUAAGUCCAGACAGGGCUGAGCCUGCCCUGCCACAGCCAGAGAUAAGUGGCAAACAGCAGGGUAAUGGAGACUGGAGGGCACAGACAAAUGGCUGCCCCCAAGGAAACAUCAGGGACAAGGCUGGGACCAAGUUGCGAGAAGGACUACAGUUGCCGCUUUCCCAUACUAUUGAAAUUUCCUCCACAGUGAAAUCCCACCCAAAGAGCCCCUGUUCAACCUCUCUCGCAGGGGUCUUCAACACAUCCUUCCCUGUCUCCAACAGUCUCCAGAGCAUGUCCCCAGUACUGUCCCCCCUGUCUUCCAAGCAGUCCAGCCCCCAGCUCAGCCACCGUAUUGUACUGCUGUCAGACAAGGACGUGAGCCAUGAGAAGGAUGGCUCUGGUAACAGAGAUGAGCCCAAAGUUACAACGGAUGUGACUGACAAGAACGGCAACAAACGGACCAUCGCACAUCUGAACCUGAACCUCACCAAACAUCCAGAUAACUCCAAGUCGAAUUCAUCCAACCACACCGCUACAACAGAAACUUCCCUCCCACGUCAGGAUGACAUCUGGAUGUUGGAUGGGGAUGAUUGCCAGGAGCCUCCGCCCCGAGUCCCCCGCCCCGACCACCUUGACUUCCUGCGCAUCACACCCCCCGAAGACGACAUCAUCGGAGACACACCCUACUGCCCCAAGUUGGAGCACACGACUGAGGUCACAUCUCCUGCUGAAAGUGAGGACCGGACCCCCGGGCGUCUCCAGGCUGUCUGGCCCCCACCCAAGCCCAAGGAUGAGGAGGAGAAAGUGGGACUCAGGUACACCGAGGCAGAGCACCAGGCUGCCCUCUUGCAGCUGAAGAGAGAAUGCAAGGAAGAGGUGGAAAGGCUGCACGCAGACUUUGAGCUUCAGAUGUUCCAGCUGCGCGGUGAGCAUGCUGUCUCCAUGUCGCUGCUGGAGGGGGUCAUUGCCAAGAUGCGAAGAGACCUUGCACGCAGUGCAGGUCAGGAGCGUGGCAAUCUUUGCGAUGUCGCUGUGUCUACUGAGGAUGACCUGGCCCCCAAGACUUUCCGCCAUGUUUGUAUCCAGACUGACAGGGAAACCUUCAUCAGGAUGCCAGAGGGUGAGGGCGGCCGGCCCGCCCAGAGCCCAAGCCAGAAUGUGCCUAAAAAACUCAACUUGGACUCCAUCGGGCUGAGCCUGGGGGGCAAGGCUGAACCAUGCCCGAACAUUCCAGGUCCACCCCCUCCCCCUCCCCCACUUCCUCCUGCCCCUCCUCCUCCUCCUCCUCCUCCUCCUCUGCCAGGUCAGUCAGGACUACCGCCGCCACCUCCACCGCCACCGUUGCUUGGCAGCAUGGCCCCACCACCUCCAACUCUGCCGGGCGGUGGCCCACCACCUCCACCUCCCCCACCCCCACCCGCUGGCCUACAUGGAGCCGGUCCACCUCCUCCACCACCACCUCCAGGCUGCGGCCUACCACCUCCCCCCAUGAUGGGCUUUGGUCUGCAGGCGGAGAAGGCUCCACGGAAACCUGCUGUAGAGCCAGCCUGCCCCAUGAAGCCUCUGUACUGGACCAGGAUACAGAUCCAGGACAAUAACAACAACACACUGUGGGGUUCGCUGGAGGAGCCAGACAUCAUCAACACCAAGGAGUUUGAGGAACUCUUCUCCAAGGCCACAGUGCAGCCAAAGAAGAAGCCCCUGGCAGACACCUUUGAAAAGAAGGCCAAAACCAAGAAGAUCAUCAAGCUGUUAGAUGGGAAGCGCUCGCAGGCGGUGGGCAUUCUCAUAUCCAGUCUCCAUCUGGAGAUGAAGGACAUUCAGCAAGCUGUUCUGACUUUGGACAACUCUGUGGUGGAUUUGGAGACCAUCGAGGCUUUAUAUGAAAAUAGGGCCACCAGUGAUGAAAUGCAGAGGAUAAAGAAACAUUAUGAGACUUCCAAAGAGGACGAAGUCAAGCUGCUGGACAAACCUGAACAGUUCCUGUAUGAGCUCUCCCAGAUUCCAGACUUUUCGGGCAGGGCUCAGUGCGUCAUAUUCCAGUCAGUAUUCCUGGAUAGCAUCUCGUCCAUCCGUCGCAAGGUGCAGAUUGUCUCCAAUGUCUCCAAAGAGCUGUUGGAGCACAGCAGUGUGCGGGAUGUGAUAGGUCUGGUCCUGGCCUUUGGGAACUAUAUGAAUGGAGGGAAUAGGACAAGGGGCCAGGCCGACGGCUUUGGACUGGAGAUCCUCCCCAAGCUGAAGGAUGUCAAGAGCAGGGACAAUUGUACCAGCCUGGUGGACUAUGUGGUGUCAUACUACCUGCGCAACCUAGACCAGCAUGCCGGAACGGACAAGAGUCUGUUCCCCCUGCCAGAGCCUCAGGACUUUUUUCUGGCUGCCCAGGUCAAAUUUGAAGACCUCACCAAGGAUAUCAGGAAGCUGAAAAGAGAUCUGACUGCUUGUGAGAAGAGUGUGCAGAACGUGUGUGCCAAUUCCUCAGAGGAACACCUUCAGCCCUUCAAGGAGAAAAUGGAGGUCUUUGUCUCCAUCGCUCAAAUGGAGCACGCAGCAGAGGACAACCGGCUCAGAGCAGCUCAAAAAAGCUUCCAGGACAUGGUGAGUUACUUUGGGCUCAAGCCAAAAUCGGGGGAGAAGGAAGUGGCCCCCAGUUACAUCUUCAUGCUCUGGUAUGAGUUCUGCACUGACUUCAAGAACAUGUGGAAACGUGAAAGCAAGAGCAUCUCCGAGGAGAGGUUGAAGGAAGCUCAGGAAAACAUCAGGAAGAUCACAGCAGAGAAGAGAGUUGAAACCAAGAAGAUCAACGCCAACAGUUUGAAAGAGAGACUGCGCCAGAAGGAAGCCAAUAUGUCCUCCAGCUGAGUGAAUUGAAGUGUGAGAAGUGAAAGAAGAAAGGAUGGCUGGUAACGCAAAGACACGAAGAAGAGAAAAUCAAUGAGAGAACCAACUGGCUUCAUCCCCCAUGCAUUCACCACCUGCCUCUGACCCAACGUCGUACCUCAUAGCAUACUGCCCUCUGUACGGCAUCACAGUAAAUCUUUACCAGAUCUUCGCCAGAUCUAGUGUCAUACCUCUGUCCUACUAACCACACUGAACACAAUUACUCUGGCUCCAACCAGCUACGACUGGCCGGUGAAACCCGCCACCCUCCCUUCUUAGACCUCAGCCCUUCC